AUGACGAAGCACGGUAUUCCGCUCAACACACUAAAGCAGUGUCUCGAGUUCCUGCAGUGGUUGCAUAAGGGAGGUGGGAAGCAUAGGCUUCAAGAAGUGUCCCAGACUUUAUAUGAUCGUAUUAAAACCCAUUUUGAUUCCAAAUUUGUUUCAGUGGAAAACGUUGAAAAGGGCUUGCGCCCAUUCCUCUCCGCCGUGUCAAAGUUUUAUGAGAGAUUGUGCUACAAAGCAGAGGCAGGCAAAUAUGUUACUAAAAGCGCAGAGGACAUAUCCAACGCCCUUCUCGACUGCCACCCUAAAUUCUUCGCCGCUAUGUACUUUCUGCAGUACUGUGUGAAUAACACUUUCGGGACGCUGGGCGGUGGUGGAUGGGAAAAGAAUUACCCAGGGUGGGAAGAGGACUGGCGGACUUGGUACGGUACGUACCCUAAGUCUGGCGGUGACCUGCAGAAGUAUCUCAGAGCCACUGUAGGCGACGAAAAGUAUAGCAAAAUCCCCGGUUUGCUACCUGGUGGCUUCAGCGAAGGCGAGGUGAUAUAUUAUACACUUGGGAGUGGCUACUACCAGGGUUAUAACAUGGCUGGGAACCUUGAAAAGAUUGUGAGCAAAGGAAAUUACAACUAUUUUCGCAGCGUGUUUGUCAGUUCCGCGGUUGCAGACACUGGCGCCGCUAUUCCCAACACCGCCAACGCCCUCUCACUAGUCAGAACCUUUUGCGAUAUCGUGGGAGAAGCAGACCAGAAAGAUAGUGGCGCGGAAUUAAAACCGAAAUUGGAAGAAGGCCUUAAAAGGUUAACCACCCCAAAAUCCAUAUGCUGGAAAGACUUACAAUCCCACUGCGCUCAGCUUAAGACAAAACUCCACACACUUUUCAACGAGCCGAAACGCUUCGACUUCACAGGCCAGGCGACGGGACUUAGCGACCUUAAUAAAGAGGCGCUUGCAGGGAAGGCAGCGGAUUGGUUAAGAGAGAAUCUGACCAAAGUGCGGGGUAAAUUGGAUAAAAUUGAUACAAAUUCCGAUGUCAUCAACAAUCCACAUAAGGACAACCUUGGAGACUAUUUCACGAAAAACUUCUUCCCCUACGGAUUCACAUUUGGGAGAGAAAGGCAUAAAAUUAGGCAAAGUGAUCUGAAGGAUUUGAUGAGGGAUUGGAGUAGUGUAAUCAAUGACCUUAAGAAACGGACUGGCAGCGAUUUGGAUAGGCUUAGAGAGAUUUUAAGUGGUGAAGGAGAAAAAUCGUGUAAAGAGCCUGAGCCGCCACCUCCAGUAGUAGAGGAAACUUCAAACCAGGGUAAGAAAAGUGAGGGAGCACAGAACCAGGGGAAGAAAGCGGAGGGAGCACAGAACCAGGGCAAGAAAGCGGAGGAAGCACAGAACCAGGGGAAGAAGACGGAGGGAACUCCAAAUCAGGGUGAGCCGCUUGGCCCUACAACGUCGAUGUCAACAAAUCAGAACAACGGUCAAGGUGAACAAAAGUUUCCACCUCCACCAGGUGUAACAUCUACUGCCUCAGAUACGUCUCCCGGUGAUCCAGGAGCUCCAGGUCCGGCAGGAUCUAAAGGUGAUCCAGGCCCGCAAGGGUCUAUUGGUACAGGGCCUCCGGCGUCUUCCUCGCCUACAAAUACACAAGUUCAACGAACUCUUCAACCUAAGACGCCACCUCAACCUCAGCAACCUCCUCCUCCCCCUCCACCGGCUACCGCCAGUGGUACCGUAACCCCUGGCCUACCUGCUAAGCCAGGUGUCCAGGGCCCGGGUUCAGCGGGCAGUGUUACUCGAAGUAUACGGCCUGGCACCCCUCAAGUCACUGUGCCUCCUCAGACUCCGAGUGCUUCAGGUUCAAGCCCUAGGCCAACUGGUGGCCGGGGGUCUGAUCCACAUGGUGGUCAAGAUGUUACUCAAACUACAAGUCAAGGCACCGGUCAAACUCCAAGCAGCGGCGCUACUGCGUCGGAUGCCACGGCGGCUGGUGGAGGUGGAGGAGCUGUAGACACAGAUGUCUUGAAGCGACAGCAAGAAAAAAGGGACAAAGACAAGGCAAAUAUGAAAACCAUACAGGACCAAUUUAAUAUAAAUUUUGAUAACAUUGAACAGGCAAUACAACGGCAGAGGCAACAUAAUAUGCAAAAACAACAACUUGCAAAUCUGCGAAACCAAAAUAUUGCUCUUUCUCCCGGUGGCCGUCGCGUUAAUUGGCGUCAUCCAUACGAUCCGAAAAUUAUUACUAGGCGCACGAAAAAUGUUGUUUCCCCCGACACGCUUGUCCUGGAUGGCAUGGACAUGUCAAAUGAAUCUUCGAGUGACCCCGCCCUGGACUGGGAGCGGCGGCACAGGGAUGCGUGGGAUUUGCCGGCGCAAUUGGUGAAGGAGACUGAGCAAAGGGAGCGGGAGAAAUUCAGACAAACUCUGAAAGAUGUACAGAGAAAACUCGAAGAAGACGAGCGAAAACUUCAGCAAAGAUUACGCGAUUAUGAAAAAGAAGAACGAGAGUUACAACAGAUGUCAGUUGCGAUGGGUUUUGACGGAGAUGAGGUAAUAGAUAUCGGAGGGGAAACUGUGCCGGAAUUUAACGACUCAGAAGAGAUUGAAUUUGACGGUCACGCUGUAAAGCAUGAUUCUGAUAUUGAGAGAGAACUACAGGUUUCUGCGGAUAUUGACAAUGCCCACCAACAACUUUUUGAAGAUCAGACAAAGAAACAAGAGAAAUAUGAUGCCUUUUUGCGUAGUUUAAGACAAUACGCGAAGAGUGUAAAUAAGUAUGGCGUUGAAAACAUCGACAUCGUUGGCCCCCCUUCACGCAAUGUUAACGAUCCCUUCGACAUCGAUAUCUGUGUUACAAAGCCCAUUGUUCAAGACCCUGUCGACAACCCGUAUGAUGACCCUUAUGCCAAUAUGGAGGAUAUCGUGCGAGACGAGUUGAAAACUUCGGCACAGCAAUAUGGUGAAGACAAAGGAUUUUCUGCCCUGCCCAAGAGUAAUUUUAACCUUGAAUUUACUCCAUCCUUUUUACAAUCCGAUGGGGAUCAUGAUCCUGGUAUUCCCCGGGAUACUCCAAGGAAGCCAUAUGACCAGAUCAUUCCGGUGUUCCCUGACGCCGGAGUCUGCCGUAACCCCUGGUACGUCCCCGAUUCCUCCACCACUACCAUAACUCCAACCCCCUCCCCUCCCCCGGGCUCCGACCAUCUGCCCCAGCCAAACACCGUCAGGGAAAUGCUUUGCUGGUUGGUCGGCUUGAAUAAAAAUGGGUACAUUCCGUUCAUCGAAGAGCAUCUUAAGAACCUUCUGAGGGAGUUUAACAAGGAUGCCUCACAGCUCUCAGAUGCCCUCGAGGUCACUGGGGAUCCCACUCAGCUGACCGCUUCCCAUAUCUCCAACACUCUGACCGAGGCGUGUCUCUACUCGGCCAACGUGCUUUUCAGGAUUAAGCAUAAAGAUACUUCUAAGGCUAUUUCAAUGCCUGACUUCAGCUUAGAAUAUUCCAAGCUUUGUUAUUCCAUCGACCCCGCCUGCCUCCUCUGCCAGCUGCGGGACUACGUCUACGCCUGCUAUCACCAGCUGGCGUUCCUGAGGUCACAGUGUUCUCGAGGGGAAUCUGAUGGUGGCUGGCAGGAUUAUAAGUAUGGAAAUGGUGCCAAAAUUCCGUCCCCCCUCCAGGCCUUCCUGACUGACGGCCCCGACUCCAAGUUCCAGACUCAUCCCUUCGACUCGUGCAACAUCUGCCGCAAAAGCCGUGUCAACAUGGGAUUCAGAGAGGAGGAUCUGCCUGAGAAAUUGGAAACUGGCAACAUCCUUCUCACCAUCCUCUCUCCCGUCUGCGGCGGCGAGGACCCCCUGCUCACAUUGGCCUCCUACCUCAACUGCCUCACCAGGCGGACGCCGCGCACCACCGGGGAGCUUGUCUCGUUCUUCCACCUUUUCGGGAAUGAGCUUCAUAAGGCAUCUUCACAGUUGUCCAAGCUGGGCUCCGCCCUCUCCAAGCCACAUCCUCACUGCCCCGACUGGGACAUCCUUGCUGCCGAUGACCUCCGAGUCAUCAGGCAAGCCCGGGGCUCUGCCCCUCCCAUCGCCAACUCCAUCCACGACAAGGACCAUCCCAAUACCCUGUCAACGCUGCUUGGCUGCGACAUCGAUAAUGUUAACUGCUCACAACUUAUGAAGCCCAUCACCUACCGGGCCUACGCCCUGUACUCCAUGGCCUUCGCCCACACCUACGUCAGCUGGGCGGUCUACCUACCCGACAGACUGUGGGACUCACUGAUCAAGCUUCACUGUGAUCUCGAGGACUCUCAAUGUCAUGACUCUGACUCCAAGUCCAAGUCCCUCCACCAGUGUGACAAGGCCCUACCACUCCUCUACCUGCACAGCUUCACCCCGCCGGAAGGGACACUUCAGUCGUCACUCACGUGUUCGAAGCUCGUCGCCAAGCUGGGAGAUGUGGUCAACGGACAGCCUAUCGCAAGCCUCAUGAGCUGCAUGGACACAUUCCUCUAUCGCAUCCGUGCGCCCUUCCUCUUCUGCCUCGUCACGCUCUGGCUCAUCGCCACGCUCUACAUCGCCCACUCGCUACUCUACCGCAUGGACGUGCUGCGCAUCCGCUCGCACCUCCUCACCACCAGGGCCUCCCACCUCAUCGACGUCAAGGCGCUGCUCGCCGGCAGCCGCAGGAUGCUCUCACUCUACAAGGACGUCGACUACUUCGACGAUGACUUUCACUCAUGA